AUGAGUACUCAUUCUCAAUCCCCUGAACCAUCUGCCCCACUUUCCAGUCAAACCAAGCACCAUGGGUCCGGGAGGCAUUGGACUGAUGAAGAAAGUGCUCUAUUGGAAAAACAUCGGCAGGAGUACAGAGACGCCAACGACGCUGCUCGUGCUGAGAUAUUUUCUCGAGUUUUGCAAGACAUGCUCGACAUACUCCCCAAUGGAAAAUCGUUCAAGAAGGAAGAAAGAUCAGCUGUUAAAAAAGAUAUUAAAGAGUGGUUUGCCCGGUACAGUCGUAAGAGAAGUCAGAAAAUGCCGAGGAUGGGAAAGUCGUGGCAUGCCCGGCAUGUGUUCCAGCAUGAGAACAAGGAUGCCAUCGAUACCGAAGCGAAAAGGCUUUGUGCCAAAGCCAUUGAAGAGGGACAAAAGAGGCCUAAAGGGGGAGAUCCCACUCAUUUUGAUUUUCGGGAGCGGGUCGUGACUCAAAUGAUGGGAAAACUGAAGAAAAGGGAGAAAGACGUACUGCAGAGGACGGCCGAGGAGUACAACAAGAAGGGAGUUGACCCGGAACUCAAGUCCAAUGUUGGGAAGGGCAAGAAGCCCGGCAGAAGCAAGGGUCAAAGGAGAGGCCGGGCAGCAACCGAGUCACCGUCAGAUGAGGAAGCCAGGCCAAAGAGAAAGGAAGGGGUGGAAGAUCGGCAGUUCGAUGACAACAGUUGGAAGGAUUUGGAUGUGGACAAGCCGGCCAAGAAACGAACCGAACAGUUUUCUAAGGAUGACUGGACUCCUGAUUGGGAUGGCUCCGAUGACGAUGGAGAAGACUUGGACGUGGAGAAACCAACCAAGAAACCAACCAAACAGCAUGACGAACAUCGUGAGGAUGGCUCCGAUGAUAGUGACUCAGACUCCGAUAAUGGUCAAGAGAGGCCAAAGCAGGAUACUCUGACCGAGCCCACAGUGAAACCUAGCAGGGUCAACCCGACCUUGGAAGAGGAUAGAGACUCGGGAUCAGAUUUGGGCUCAGACGAUGCUACGAUCACUGUAGAUACCAGCCCCGAGCUUCAGCCUCGGUACAACGACACCCGGGCUCUCUCCCAUGAAGUACCAUCGGACACUGAGGUCUUGGCUGAUGAUACAUUUUGGGAAGCUGACCUGGGCUGUGGGGUGGAGUCGGCCGAUCGAGCGAAGAAGAGAAAAUUCACUGAUGAGGAGGAUACACCCUGCAAGUUUCCUCGGUUAGAGAAGGGUUACAAACUUGGCCCGAGGAGUGCCCGACCAGGCAAAGUCAAAUGCUGA